AUGUGGCCUGUGUGUGUGGCGCCCCGGUCGCUGGCCUUGCCGCGGUCGCUGGUGGCCCGGCUGUGCAGUGGGGGAGGGGGCGGAAGCGUCUCGUACAAGCAAGGCCAGAGCCCCGAGCCCCGGACGCGGGAGUACUUUUAUUACGUGGACCACCAGGGCCAGCUUUUCCUGGAUGAUUCCAAAAUGAAGAACUUCAUCACUUGCUACAAAGACCCGCAGUUCCUGGUCUUCUUCUUUUCCCGCCUGAGAGCCAACCGCAGCGGGCGCUACGAAGCCGCCUUCCCUUUCCUCUCGCUCUGCGGCAGAGAGAGAAACUUCCUGCGCUGCGAGGACCGGCCAGUGGUCUUCACACACCUGCUGCCCUCAGGCCGCGGCCCCCCGCGCCUUUCCUACUGCGGUGGCGGCGAGGCCCUGGCCGUGCCCUUCGAGCCGGCGCGCCUGCUGCCGCUGGCCGCCAAUGGGCGGCUCUACCACCCGGCGCCGGAGCGCGUGGGCGGCGUAGGCCUGGUGCGCUCGGCCCUGGCCUUCGAGCUCAGCGCCUGCUUCGAGUACGCGCCCGGCGCGCCCUCAUGGGUGCCAUGA